GGCUGGUUGGGCGUGAGGGUCCGGCUGCUGGGGAAGGAGGGAGCCUCCCCCUGGCCCUCCUCCCGCUUCCCCCUCCCCGCCCGCACAGCCGCCUGGGCCUGGGCCGGGCUUGGGCCGAGAGGCGGAGGCGCUCGGCAGAGCCUUAAAACUUUCCGGAGCGGCCGUGGCGCUUGGGGGCAAUGUGGCUGCUGUGGCUGCUCCUGGGCUCGGCGGAAGGCCAACAGUUGCCUUGGAAUAACUUCACAAAUGAAUGUAAUAUUCCUGGAAACUUCAUGUGCAGUAAUGGACGUUGCAUCCCAGGAGCCUGGCAAUGUGAUGGGCUGCCAGACUGCUUUGACAAAAGUGAUGAGAAGGAAUGCCCAAAAGCCAAAUCUAAGUGUGGCUCCACCUUCUUCCCCUGUGCGAGUGGAAUUCACUGUAUCAUUGGCCGCUUCCGAUGCAAUGGUUUUGCGGACUGUCCUGAUGGCAGCGAUGAAGAAAACUGCACAGCGAAUCCCUUGAUAUGCUCUACUGACCGAUUCCACUGCAGGAACGGCUUGUGCAUUGAUAAAAGCUUUAUGUGUGACAAUCAGGAUAACUGCCAUGACAACAGUGAUGAGGAUAGCUGUGGAAACCCUUCUGAAGCUGGCAGCGACCAGAAUUAUGUGACCUCGGAGCCUCAGCUGAUCUUCUAUCCCAGCAUCACCUAUGCAGUCAUUGGCAGCUCUGCCAUUUUUGUGCUGGUAGUGGCCCUCCUCGCCUUGGUUUUGCACCACCAGCGAAAGCGCAACAACCUCAUGACGCUUCCUGUACAUCGACUGCAGCACCCCGUCCUCCUCUCCCGGCUGGUUGUCCUCGACCACCCACACCAGUGCAGUGUCACCUACAAUGUCAACAAUGGGGUCCAAUACAUGUCCAGUCAGGCCUACCACAGGCCACCAGACCUGGACUCCCCACCAUCCUAUUCAGAAGCUGUACUAGACCAAAGCAGACCACCGUGGUUUGAUCUUCCUCCACCUCCUUAUUCCUCAGAAUCGGAAUCCCAGAGUCACAUAGAACUCCCUCCAUAUCGCUCUCGGACUGGGAGUGUGGCAAGCACAGAUGCUACAGGGGCAAGAAGUCCAGGGACUGUGGACAGUAGUCGAACGAGAAGCACCGUUGCCAGUGUGGACUCUCGUGGCGCACCGUGUGAAAUUACAGCUGAGCAGAGUGACUCUCUGAUCAAUUCAGAUUCUGUCAGAGUGCUGUAAACAGUAAGAUGCUUAUGGAUCGACUGCUUGGGCUUGGACUGGACCUAAGAAGUCCAGGGUCACUUGGACUUCUUCUACACAACGACUGCAGUGUAUUAGGGAGAUUUUCUAGCGCAUUCCACACUGAAAGAAACCGGGGCUUUGCAAACACCGUUAACAACUUUGCCUCAUGGGAAUGUGAAUGACACCAGUGGCUUCGGCCACGUUAGUCUCCAAUGUUUUGUUUUGAGCUUGUGGGAACAGUUCUGGAAUUUCAGUUCAGAUUUAACUUUGACUUUCUGUAACACAUCAUGCUUUUAAGGUAUUUCAAGGGUAUUGACUAUGUGCAUGUGUCGGAAUAGAAUAUAAUAUAUGCACAUGUGCCUAGAUCUAUACCUACAUUUCAAAGCAUCUCUAUGUGUUUUUUCUUUAUUUUUUAAAAAAUGUGUAUUUAUGUCUUGUAAGUAUGUAUGUAAUAUACAAAACUUGCAUUAUGCAAGUAUUGAUCUGUGUUGCUGGGGGCUACUGGAAUCACCACAAGGGGGCGGGGAGGGGAAUCCAAGCCUGAAGAGGAAGCAGAACUGCUACAAGAGCCCAACAUACCUAUGCUACAUCCAGUUUGACUUGCUUACUUUGUGCUGGAAUACGGAACCCAAUUUUGAGGUCAGCUUUAUGUCCAUGUUUUGAUGGUUAGGUGUCGCAUAGUACUUUAUGUCAGCCUUUUCCCCAGUGCUUAAGACUCUUAAGAAAUUUCUCUUUCAGGGUUUUGUAGCGAUAAUUACUGUGUCUUGGGAUUUCAGCUUCCUAUCCAGAGUGGGAAUGGCUUGACUAGGCAUAGGCAAACUCAGCCCUCCAGAUGUUUUGGGACUACAACUCCCAUUAUCCCCAGCUAACAGGACUAGUGGUCAGGGAUGAUGGGAGUUGUAGUCCCAAAACAUCUGGAGGGCCAAGUUUGCCUGUGCCUGGGCUUGACCAUUUGGAGGUUCCUUUUGAGUCCCCUGUUCUGAUAGAUAUAUGAAUGUCUGUCCUCCUCUCAAGAUUUUAGGGUGUUUCAGGCUACAUGUGUGCCAAAAUUAAUCUUUCUGGUUGCAGUUAGAGGCAUGCUUUAUUUCCCAUUUUAAGAGAGUGAAGUGACAUUUUCUGCUCUCUCUUUUACCCCCUUUCCCUUUUUUAUCAUUUGAAGUGCCUUGGAAUAUGCAGGUACCAAAUUUCAGAGCUGUAGCUCAUCAGGAAAUAACUUUGAUACUCUAUGAAUUACAACUGUUUUGAUACAGGGAAAAAAGAAAUCACAUUCACUCUUUGGUGUCUGCUGGAUGAAAUUGAUUCACACUCUCUACAGCAAGCUUCAUUUGCUACAUUCGCACCAGCAUUUUCAGGCAUAAAUGCAAAGUGGAGGGGCAUGUUAGCUCUUUUCUUUGCCUGCUUGCAAACAUUCAGCUGUCCUGUACAGCACAUACCGCUGCAAACACCGGCGUACACAUGACACUCACAUUGCUGCAUGGUGUGACUCAGUCUUUAAAAUGAUCAGUACUUGGGCAUCAUUCAGCCCAUGAAAUCAAGAUACUGUGUUUAUAGGCUUUAAUUGGCUUCAGUGUCUCCUCUUUUACCCAAUGCAUUUCUUUAGGCUGUACAUUUGUGUUGAAAUAUUUAGUUUUGGACUUCUAAAAUAAAUACUUUUUUUAAUUGUA